GCGCUGAACGUGAAAACCACUGUGUAAAUCCGCUGAGAUCGAAGCCCGUAUAAAACGUUCCCCUCCAGCCAGAUGAUUUAACCCAUCCCAUCCCAUCCCCACUCCCUGUCACUCUCAAGCCCCCUCCGCCCUCUCACCUCUCUAUUCUCCAUCCCACCCCACACCUCCAAUCACAAUCACAAUGGCCGACACCGUCGCCGAAGUAACCGCCGCCGUCACCGCCGCGCUGGCCAAGCUGUCCCCGACCGACGAGAUCCCCGACGCGGCGCGCUUCGGCCUCAUCGAUGCCUUGGAGAAGCUCAAGGCGGCAGUCGAGCCGCCCAUCGCGACGGUGCUGAAUAUUUGCUGGGCGGCCCACCCCCUCAUCGCCCUCCGCAUCGCCAUCGGCAUGGGCAUCUUCGACGCCUUCGCCGCCGCCGGCCCGGGCGCGGAGUUGACAGCCGACGAGCUGAACGAGAAGACGAAGGGCGAUAAGGAUAUGUUGGUCCGCAUCAUGCGCCUGCUGAGCGCCAACCGGCUGUUCACGGAGACGGCGGCGGAGAAGUACCAGGCGCAGCCAUUUGCGCUGGCGUUCGCGACGGGGGCGCCGCCGAGCGAGGUGAUCAAGAACUUCCACAUGAUCCUGCGCGCGACGGCGUACACGCACGAGUUCCUGGCCGCCCGGGACUACACGAGCCCCGAGGACGCGUACGAGACGCCCUUCCAGCUGGCGUACAACACGCCGCUGCACCACUUCGAGUGGCUGGGCACGAACGCGGAGGAGCAGCAUGCCUUCAACGUGGUGAUGGAGACGAGCAACCGCGCCGUCGAGGGGGCGCAGUGGUACGACUUCUACCCAUGGGCGGAGCGGCUGGCUACGCCUGACGACGCAGAGCGGGUGUUGCUGGUGGACAUCGGCGGCGGCAAGGGCCACGACCUGCAGCGGUUCCAGCAGUCCCAAAACCCGGGGCGCAAGCUGGUGCUGCAGGAUCUGCCCAGCGUGAUCGCCGAUAUCUCGGGCCCCCUGGGCGGGCAGAUCGAGGCGCUCGGGUCCAGCAUGUUCGACGCGCAGCCCGUCCGCGGCGCCAAGGCGUACUACCUGCGCACUGUGCUGCACGACUGGCCCGACAAGCAGGCCCUGCAGGCCCUGGCCCGCGUCCGGGAGGCCAUGGCCCCGGAUUCGGUCCUGUUGAUCAACGAGAACACCAUCCCCGAGACGGGCGUGCCUCGCUUCAAUGCUAGUGUCGAUCUCAUCAUGUUGUCCAUGUUCUCGUCGCUGGAGCGCACGGAUAAGCAGUGGCUGAGUCUGUUGGAGCGCGCCGGCUUCAAGGUCGUCAAGGUGUGGCGGGCCGAGAACCAGGGUACCGGGUCGAAUGCGCUGUUUGAGGCGGUGCCGGUUUGAGAGUGUAUGGGUAGUUGGUUCGAGAGCUGGGAUACCUUGGAUUCAGUUGUACAGGACGAAUAUAUUUGUUUAAGCCUUGGUGCCGGCUGCUUGCAAAGUAGGCUUGAUGCUGGGUAUUUGUAAUAUCUAUGUAUGGUCUUAUCCUUCAAGGUCUGCUGCGAUCAGGCGGGAGUCCAAUCCUCAAGACCAUUCAGAAUGUUAGAAACCAGGCGGAAGGUAAUUGGACGAGGUACUCCCCUAUGGUGCACUGCAUCAGCAGUAGAUAUGGCAGUGACAAGAUGCUAUCCAGAAAAGAUAAAGAAUGAAGUCAGG